UUGCCAGAGGGAGCGGCUGAGAGAAACAAGAUAAGACCGGUCUAGAGAGAGAGGGAUAGAGGGAGAGAGAGAGGGAUAGAGAGAGAGAGAGAUACAGAGAGAGAUGAAGUAAUAAAGAGAGAGAUAAAGCUCAAAUGAAGAGAAGGAAUAGCAGUGGUGGAGCUGUGAUCUGAUUGGCCAACAGCAGAGGCGAACAGGUGGAUCUGUGUGUGUGUGUGUGUGUGUGUGUGUGUGUGACAGAAGGACUUUACUACGACGCUACAGAGAUAUCCCUACACACAGUGCCAGCACUCAGGGCCAUGUCCAGCUCCCUGUACUUCCUGGUUCCAGCUCUGGGGGGCUACAGCGUAGCGUCUUACUUCCUGCUCAAGAACCCCCACAUCCUGCACGCCAGGAAGCACCCCGCCUUCACCUGCACACACAUCUCCCACCGCGGGGGAUGUGGCGAGAGGAUAGAGAGCACAAUGGAGGCUUUUACACAUGCGGUAGAUCAAGGGACUGAGAUGUUUGAGCUGGACUGUCACUUGACCAAGGAUGGCCGCGUGGUCGUGUCACAUGACGAGAACCUGCUGAGGCAAACAGGACAUGAUGUCACCAUCUCCUCCCUCAACUUCCAGGAGCUUCCCCUCUAUAAAGAGAGACUAGAGGUUACCUUCAAAGCAGGUGACUUCAGCUCGGGUUCGGACAGGAAGUUCACUCUUCUUGAAGACCUGUUCCGGAAGUUUCCCAAGAUGCCCGUAAACAUCGAGCUCAAGGAGAACAACCCCCUUCUGAUUGACAAGGUGUCUGCGUUAGUGAAGCAGUAUGACAGAGAGCAACUCACCGUCUGGGCUACAACCAGCUCUGGCAUCAUGAACAUCUGCCGAUCCACGAACUCCUCGAUGCCCUACAUGUUCACCGUAUCUCGAGCUCUUCAGCUGCUCGUGUUGUUCUACUGCGGACUCCUGCCGUUCAUGCCUCUAGGAGAGAGCUUCCUCCAAUUCUACCUGCCACGCAUCAUCAACAGGACCUACAAACCGGAAAAUAGGAUUCUGCAGAACAAGAUGGUGGUGACUCUGAUUGAGAAGCUUACCAUGAGGAAGAGUUUGUUGGAUCAUCUUGUCAAGCGGGGGAUACAGGUUCAGCUGUUUGUGUGUAACACUGAGGAGGACAUCGCUGCUGCGUUUGAUGCUGGAGCUACAGGAGUCAUGACUGACUACCCAACACUGCUCGCCAACUACUUACGCACACACACACGCUCAUAACACACACACACACACACACACACACACACACACACGCUCAUAACACACACACACACACACACACACGCUCAUAACACACGCACACACACACACACACACACACACACACACACACACACACACACACACACAUACGCUCAUAACACACACACGCUCAUAACACACACACACACACGCACACUCAUAACACACACACACACGCUCAUAACACACACACACGCUCAUAACACACACACACACGCUCAUAACACACACACACACACACACACACACACACACACUCA